GCUGACCUUUCACACCUGAUGCAGCGGCAAACAUGUCUGGUUGUAGAGAGUGUAUUCACAAACGCUGGUGAAAAUGUCGUAGUAUUGGAAUUACAGAGUAUCCACCUUAUUGUGUUUCUAUUUCAAUAGGCACAAACUUAUACUAUCUCACAGUUAAUGCGUGACACCUGGACAGAAUGACGUCCAUUAUCAAGCUGACAGCCGUGUCGGGGGUUCAGGAGGAGUCGGCUCUCUGCUACCUGCUGCAGGUGGAUGAAUUCCGCUUCCUGCUGGACUGUGGCUGGGAUGAGAACUUCUCCAUGGACAUCAUCGAUGCUAUGAAACGAUAUGUUCAUCAAGUUGAUGCCGUGCUUCUCUCCCACCCCGAUCCCAUUCAUUUGGGAGCCCUGCCAUAUGCUGUUGGGAAACUGGGUCUAAACUGCACCAUCUAUGCCACGAUACCUGUCUACAAAAUGGGUCAGAUGUUCAUGUAUGAUCUAUACCAGUCUCGAAACAACAGUGAGGACUUCACCCUGUUCACACUUGAUGACGUGGACUGCGCAUUUGACAAAAUCCAGCAGCUGAAAUACUCCCAGAUUGUCAAUUUGAAGGGAAAAGGGCACGGUCUUUCCAUCACGCCGCUUCCAGCUGGUCACAUGAUUGGAGGAACUAUUUGGAAAAUUGUGAAGGAUGGGGAGGAGGAAAUUGUUUACGCUGUGGACUUUAACCACAAAAGAGAGAUCCACCUGAAUGGCUGCACGUUGGAAAGUGUUGGUCGUCCCUCUCUUCUUAUUACAGACUCAUUCAAUGCUGCAUACAAACAGCCUCGUCGCAAACAAAGGGAUGAGCAGCUCCUUACUAAUGUAAUGGAGACUCUCCGUGGGGAUGGGAAUGUCCUUAUUGCUGUGGAUACAGCUGGGCGGGUGUUGGAGCUGGCUCAGCUCCUGGACCAGAUUUGGAGGACAAAGGAUGCUGGGCUGGGAGUUUACUCACUAGCCCUGCUCAACAAUGUCAGCUACAAUGUGGUGGAGUUCUCCAAAUCCCAGGUAGAGUGGAUGAGUGACAAGCUCAUGAGGUGCUUUGAGGACAAAAGAAACAACCCCUUCCAGUUCCGCCACCUGUCUCUGUGCCACAGCUUGGCAGACCUGGCUCGGGUGCCCAGCCCCAAGGUGGUGCUGUGCAGCCAGCCAGACCUUGAGUCUGGUUUUUCCCGAGAACUCUUUAUCCAGUGGUGCCAGGACUCCAAAAACUCUGUCAUCCUGACUUACCGCACCACACCUGGAACCCUGGCCCGCUACCUCAUUGACAACCCUGGGGAGAAGAUGCUGGAUCUUGAGGUGAGGAAACGAGUGAAACUCGAAGGCAAGGAGUUGGAGGAGUAUCUUGAAAAAGAGAAAAUGAAGAAAGAAGCAGCUAAAAAGCUUGAACAAGAAAAAGAAGUGGAUGUGGACUCCAGUGACGAGAGUGACAUGGAGAAUGACCUCGAUCAGCCAGCCAUGGUGAAAACCAAGCACCAUGACCUGAUGAUGAAGAGCGAGGGGAGCCGUAAGGGCAGUUUCUUCAAACAGGCCAAGAAGUCUUACCCAAUGUUCCCUACACAUGAGGAAAGGAUCAAGUGGGAUGAAUAUGGGGAAAUCAUCAGGCCAGAGGAGUUUCUGGUUCCUGAACUACAAGCCACAGAGGAAGAGAAAAGCAAGCUGGAAGCUGGGCUAGCCAACGGCGAUGAGCCCAUGGACCAGGACCUCUCUGUGGUCCCCACUAAAUGCACAUGCAGCAUAGAAAGUAUAGAAAUCAGAGCCAGGGUUACAUACAUAGACUACGAGGGUCGCUCUGAUGGCGACUCCAUAAAGAAGAUCAUUAAUCAGAUGAAGCCCAGACAGCUGGUCAUCGUUCACGGCCCACCAGAGGCCAGCCUGGACCUGGCUGAGUCCUGCAAAGCUUUCACAAAGGACAUCAAGGUCUACACCCCCAAGCUACAGGAGACUGUAGACGCCACCAGCGAGACACACAUCUACCAGGUGCGGUUGAAGGACUCCCUUGUGAGCUCCCUGCAGUUCUGUAAGGCCAAAGACACGGAGCUGGCAUGGAUAGACGGCGUGCUGGACAUGCGGGUGGUGAAAGUGGACACGGGUGUGCUGCUGGAGGAGGGCAUGAAGGAGGACGCAGAGGAGGGUGAGCUGGCCAUGGACGUGGCUCCUGAUCCAAGCACGGAGCACAGCGCCACGGCGGCGGCGGCACAGCAUGCCAUGAAGAACCUGUUUGGAGAGGAUGAGAGGGAGCUGUCUGAAGAGAGCGACAUCAUUCCCACCCUGGAGCCGCUGCCCCCGCAGGAGAUUCCAGGCCAUCAGUCGGUGUUCAUCAAUGAGCCUCGCCUGUCUGACUUCAAGCAGGUCCUGCUGAGAGAGGGCAUCCAGGCCGAGUUUGUGGGAGGAGUGCUGGUAUGCAACAACAUGGUGGCCGUCCGCAGGACGGAGGCUGGGCGCAUCGGCUUGGAAGGCUGCCUGUGCGACGACUACUAUAAGAUCCGGGAGCUGCUGUAUCAGCAGUACGCCGUGGUAUAGCAGCAGCAGCAGCAGCAGCAGCAGGACACACCACAGCAUAGAAGGCACCACGGCAAUACAGAGACAAUGCUUUAUGAGGACUUCACCCAGAGGAGAAGAGCGUACUCUGCUCAGGCUACCUCUGCCCCUUGGGCGGUUCCAUCUGUUUCAGUUCAAAUAUUAUUGUACAUUUUUCCAUCUGUUAGUUUUUUUUUUUCUGUUAACUGAUUUUUUAUUGUUAGUUUACCUCCCUUAAAUGCAAGACAGAUGCUUUCCCCUGACUGACUUUUCUAUGUGAACAGACUUUGCAACCCUCAGGGUCUCGUCCUUCAUCUCCUCACUGUCUAGUGUCAUCCUUGUACAUGGGACAGACAGAAGGAUGGGUUUGUUUCCCCCCAUUCUGUAAUUAAAAUGGUCUUUUCAGAUAUGCCAUUACUGUGAAA